AUGCGGCUCUCAACCCUUUCCACCAUCGCCCUCGCAGGCGUUGGAACAUUCGCAUCCGCAUCAAAGGGCGUGCCCACAUACAUCAACCCCCUCCUCCCAGGCUGGCACUCCGACCCGUCCUGCGUGUACGUCACCGAACGCGAAACAUUCUUUUGCGUCACCUCUACAUUUAUCGCCUUUCCGGGCCUUCCCGUCUACGCAAGCAAAGACCUGCGCACCUGGGAGCUGGCCAGCAAUAUUAUCAGCCGACCAAGCCAGAUCCCUGAUCUCGCCGAAACAGAGGGCCAGCAAGGAGGCAUCUACGCCCCGACUCUGCGCUACCACGAGGGUGUCUUCUACUUGAUCGUCUCGAAUCUCGGUCCGGAUCUCAAUGGACUAGUCUUCUCAUCUACGGAUCCCUACGAUGACAAUGCAUGGAGUGAGCCGCUCGUCUUCCCCGUGUAUGGGAUCGAUCCGGAUAUUUUCUGGGACGACGAUGGCGUGACCUACGUUAGCUCCGCGGAUAAUAACAUGAUCCACCACUACUCGCUCGAUCUCAGCAGUGGAGAAAUCGGCCCAGUCACCUACCUCUGGAACGGGACUGGCGGCGCGUACCCUGAGGGACCGCAUCUGUACAAAAAGGACGGAUACUACUACCUCCUCAUCGCCGAGGGCGGCACAGAAACAAACCAUUCAGCAACAAUGGCGCGCUCAAAGUCUCGAACGGGGCCCUGGGAGCCAUGUCCGCAUAACCCUAUUCUAUCAAACAGGAAUACAACCGAGUACUUCCAGACAGUCGGACACGCAGACCUAUUCCAGGAUGGAGGCGGGAAGUGGUGGGGCGUUGCGCUGUCUACGCGGUCUGGGCCGGAGUGGGAGAAUUAUCCCAUGGGCCGCGAGACGGUUCUUGUUCCGGGGACGUGGGAGGAGGGCGAGUGGCCUGUUUUCAGUCCUGUGAGGGGUCUUAUGCGUGGGCCAUUGCCUCCGAAGCAUGCCGUCAAGAAGCCCAUCAAUAAGCCCGAGCAUCUGACCUUUGCGCCUGGUUCAGAGAUCCCGAAGCAUUUGAUGUACUGGCGUCUUCCUGAUGAGUCGGCCUAUGCGGUGUCGCCUAGGGGACAUCGCGAUACACUCCGUCUGACACCCUCGAAUUACGGUCCCUCAUAUAAUGCGUCUUCGGUUACCGAUCCGAUUACCUUUAUCGCUCGCCGGCAGACGGAUACGCUCUUCUCUUUUAGCGUUGAUCUCGAUUUUACCUCGAAGACUGCAUAUGUCGAAGCAGGGGUAAGCGUCUUCAUCACCCAGGAGCAGCAUAUCGACCUAAGCAUCGCCAACACCGCCAUCCGUGGGAAAAUAACCCGUGCUAUCCAACUCAAGACCUACGGCCGAGGGAACUACGACGGGCCAUUGAGAAACAUCACGACAGAUCUCCCGCGUGAAUGGGCGGGCAAGAAGAUUACACUGACUGUUGAAGCACACGACGAUGAGACCUAUCAGUUCUCUGCUAGUCUUGCAUCAAGACCACGCAAGGGGAUAAGUAUUGGAUCUGUCGACACGAGGGUUGUCUCUGGGGAUACGGGCCGAUUUACGGGUACUUUGGUGGGAGUAUACGCUUCGCGAGGCGGCCAUAGCACGGCGAAUGUCGCUGAUAAGCAAAGUGAUUUCGCGUACUUUAGCAACUGGCGCUACAAGGGGCUUGGGCAGAAAAUCGACCAUGAUUUGAUUGUACCUAGCAACUAGCUGCCUCGCGCUCGGGGUAUGCACAAGAAAAGGGCACUUUUCCCGGUAUGUGACAGGUGCCAUUCAGGAGCCUCGAGAUCACCUUGAUAGAGCAGCGUUCAUUCGAAUGGCCGGUUAUCCAUCCAUGAUGCUCUACUUCGAUCGUACACCCUUCACAAACAUCAUGAUUCGGUCCAGAUAUAUAGAGUAUAGUAGGGCCCUAUACUCCAUGGUCGAUCCGGAGAUUUCCCAGUCUCUUCUUGUCAUUAGACGUUCUGUAAACAUUACACGCGUCUAGGUUUGGGAAAUUCGGGCAGUAUAUAGAAACCCCAAGCAAAUGGUUCAAUUAAG